UGUCGAAAAGUUCUAGUCGCACAUCGCGCCUCCACUCGCGAACAUGAUGCUGACAAAAUUCUGCACGGUGAAAAACUAAUUACAAUCAAUUAUUAUAACCAACACGCUUUUAAUUACCAACAAGUGCGCGUUUAAAAUAUAAGUUUAAAUACUCAUCGAAAAUUUAGUGUGAAGUGAACCAAAGUGAACUCAAAUUAAUUCCGAAUUAAAACCGUGUCAACAAACACAUUAAAAAUACUUAAGUGAUAGCAAGAUCCUUGUAUUAAAAAAAAUAAAUAAAGAUGAAUAAUUUUUGUGCGGCGCUGGGCCGCAAGAAACCCUUGCUCGAUGAAGAAAGUAAAUUAGCACGAGUCCUCAACUUAUUGGAUUUAACUGCCCUUGGAGUAGGAUCAACCCUUGGUGUAGGCGUCUACGUCCUGGCAGGAGCAGUUGCCCGGAACGAAUCAGGCCCAGCGGCUUGUUUAUCCUUUCUAGUCGCCGCAAUAGCAUCAGCAGCCGCAGGUAUUUGUUAUGCGGAAUUUGCGUCUCGGGUCCCAAAAGCAGGGAGCGCAUAUGUCUACUGUUAUGUGACAGUCGGUGAAUUCUCGGCGUUCAUUAUAGGUUGGAAUCUCAUCCUCGAAUAUGUCAUUGGAACCGCUAGUGUUGCACGUGCACUCAGUAACUACAUAGAUGCCUUAGUGGGUAACGUGAUGCAAGAAAAACUUACCCUUCUUAUGCCCAUCAACAUAGACUUCAUGUCACCAUUUCCGGAUUUCAUGUCCUUUGCAUUCGUCAUCGUCCUCACUGGAUUAUUGAUCAUGGGAGUAAAAGAAUCAACAUUCCUAAACAACAUUUUCACUGCGUUGAAUUUGUGUACAGUUGGAACUGUCAUGGUAGUUGGAAUAAUGAACAUUAAUGUUGACAAUUGGAAAAUCGCCAAAGAAGAUAUCCCAGAACAAUUCGCUGCAAAAGCCGGAGAAGGUGGUUUUCUACCUUUUGGAAUGGCAGGUGUCAUGGCGGGUGCUGCGAAAUGUUUCUAUGGUUAUGUAGGAUUUGACUGCGUUGCAACUACCAGUGAAGAAGCUAAAAACCCAAAAAGAAACAUUCCCAUUGCAAUUUGUUUAUCGCUACUCAUCAUAUUCGCUUCUUAUUUCGGUAUGUCAAUGGUACUGACGCUGAUGUGGCCGUACUACGAUCAGGAUCCAAAGGCACCGUUUCCAUACGUCCUAGAACAAUUAAACUACCCCACAAUUAAAUUAAUCGUCACCGGUGGCGCCAUCUUUGCUUUGUGUACAAGUAUGUUAGGCGCCAUGUUUCCCUUGCCCAGAGUAAUCUACGCCAUGGCUGAUGAUGGAUUAUUAUUCCAAGCCUUCGCCAAGGUUAAUCCAAGGACAAAAACACCUGCGCAAGCUACUUUAUUAGCUGGCCUUCUUUCAGGUGUAAUGGCCGCCUUGUUUGACCUUGAUCAACUCAUCAACAUGAUGUCAAUCGGUACACUGUUGGCAUAUACAAUCGUAGCAAUUUGCGUGUUGAUUCUGCGAUAUGUACCACUGGUGGAAAACGAGUACCUGCCAGAGGAUAAUUCAGUGACGUUGAAUCAACUUGGCAAAAGCGCGUUUAAUUUAAACAACGUUAAAGAACCAAGUCGACAUACGUCCACCAUUACAAACGUUACCCUUUUAGUGUAUUGCUUGCUGGCAUCCUUCUUCUGCGGUUUAGUUAUUUAUUAUCUUGACUUUUCUGAUGGCGCAUCCACCGCCAUCUUUGUUUUUCUUUUACUGGCUAUGAUCGUGGCAAUCGUGGUCAUAUACCGACAACCAAAAGCUGAUGCGGAUCUUACUUUCAAGGUACCAUUAGUGCCGCUGAUACCCCUCCUGAGUAUACUCUUUAAUAUUUAUUUAAUGCUCGAGUUGGAUCUGCAAACAUGGGUGCGUUUCAUCGUGUGGUUAAUCGUCGGAUUCCUAAUUUACUUCGGCUAUGGCAUCCGUCACAGUAAAGUCCCAUCAACAUUGGCGCCCUCCACACCAAUGAAACCAAUGCCCGACGCUAUAACAGCCAGUAACGCAACCAUCAUGACAACCGAUUCGCUAAACAGCGAACUGAAUCAACGCCAGCGUCAACUUAACCUCAAAUCAUAACUAGUACUCAAAUAUUAUUCCAAUACUACGCUACUAGUAAAAAUUGCUUUUAUAAAUGUUUUUCACAUGAAAACAGGAAACAAAAGAUGAAUGAGCACAUAGAUUAUUAUCACCCAUCUUUCGUCAUCGUCAUGGCGCUUAGUUUUUACGAAUAUGCAAUUUAAUAGGUAUAUAACUUAUUGUUUAAUUGUUAAUGAUAGGAUUGUGCUCAUUUCUUGACGAUUUUUCAUCCGAUAAAACCUCAAGUGGAAUCUCGUUCGAUAUUGACGGUUAUCUUGAGAUUGAGGCGAUUAGCGCGAAUGCUUAAAUUGUACACGGUUUAAUCAGUUCGCGCUGUACAGUGACUUACUCGUACGUUCACUUGUAUCUGGACGUUCCAAUCAUUUAUACCAUUACUCAUUAGUGAAGUAAAUAAACUGUGAAAAUAUUUAAGUAUUUAAGAAAAUUGUGCUGCAUCAUUUUAAUCGUUUAACGUUUAACUUCUGUGUGUAUAAGAAAAAUAAACUUGUGAUAUUUAA